GGAUCCACUUUCGGUCAUAGAUUGUUUUUUUUUUUGCUGUUUGAAACUGUGAACUUUGAUGUAAGCCGCACAAUCAAAAUUAAACCGCUGCUACGCCAAUCCACAAUGACAUUAUUGGAGUUUACUGGUUGUGCGCUGACUGCAUUUGGUCCAGCGUUGUCAAUGUUCAUUUUGACCAUCAUGAAUGAUCCUGUACGUGUCAUCAUAUUGAUAGCCAGCUCGUUUUUCUGGCUGCUCAGUCUACUACUUUCAUCAAUAGUAUGGUUCGUCUUCCCCAACAAACAACAGGUUUGGUUUGGAGUGCUCGUAUCUGUAUUAGUACAAGAACUCUUCCGUUACUUUUUAUAUCUGCUAUUGCGGAAAGCGGAACGCGGACUUAAACGGUUUGUAGUACAUUCAUUGGUGUCCAACAACAAACAUAUGUUGUCUUUUGUUUCCGGUUUGGGAUUCGGUGUUAUGAGUGGCCUAUUCUCUUUGAUCAACAUACUUGCUGAAGUCGGAGGACCAGGAACAAUGGGACUCCGCGGUGGAUAUAGCGCAUUUUGUAUUGUAUCUUCAAUUUUUACAGCAUUUACCAUACUCCUACAUAUAUUUUGGGGAAUAAUAUUUUUCCAUGGAUUGAACACGGACAAUAAAAACUUAAUUUUAUAUGUCAUUAUUUCACACUUAGUUGUAUCAGAAGUGACGCUGCUCAAUCAAUUUUAUUAUAAUACACUUGCACUAUCUAUAGUUUUUAUGAUGACAGUGGGUUCAGGAUGUUAUGCUUUCAAGACUGCAGGUGGACAAUUGCCAAUCAUUGACAAACUUAAUAAUCAAAACACCACAGCAGCUGAAAGUUAAUAAAUGUAUUUCUUUUUUAUAAUCAUUUUUUAUUUAAUU